UGCCGAACUAGGGAUGGCGUCAUGAAAAAAAAAGUUUACCGACCGCCAAGUUCUUCAAAACUGCCAUCGUGGGGUCAGAAUUCAAGGAAAAAGCCUGAAAGGUCAAAACACUGGAUCUUGAUCCACAGACUUUGAACCCGGAUCCGAAGUUUGAGCUUUCAAGGUUCCCAGAAGAAAGAAAAUAAAACCAUUUCCUAUCGCAACACCCAAUCGAUACCAUCGUCACCGGCCACCUCGUCCUCCCACCACGAAACACAAAUCACCACCACAACCCCUUCACAGAAUCCAAAAUGUUCGGUUUGCCCCCACAAGUCUCCGAGGCCGAGCUUCGCGCCGCCGAGGCGGAGGCCACCUUCACCAUCCAGCGGGUCAUCGCCACAGCCGCUGCUCUCUACCUCUCCCCCUUCGUCAUCGAUGCCGUCUCCAAGGUCUUCUAAACGGUUCAAGACACUCGAUAUGCCUGCCACAGCCUGUUUGUCACGUAUUGCGAUAUAUCAAAUACCACCACCGUGACGACCAGGCCAUGUAUAAACACCCUGUACCAACAAUAGAGUAGUGGGUGUUGUCUGGGAACUAGAGCAGGGAAGGCAGGCUUACUCGCUUGCCCACUUGCAUGUGGUAACGGGAUAGCCAUCCGAUAGACGGUGACACUAGGCACGGCGCCUGCUCUUUCUUUGUGAGGAUUGUGAGUGGGAUCGUCUCCAGAGGGCCAACAGGAGCCAGCCGCCGGCGUCUCUGGC